UCCGCUCUGCGCCUGCUCUGGCGCCGCCGCUCGGCCCAGACACCGGCACCGGCAGGUUGGGGCGCCGCCGCCACCGGAGCGCAUCUUGGGCGCGCUUCCGUCGGCCAAGCGUUCGCCGCCCCGGGGGGCUGCUUCGCCGCGGGUUCGCCGUCUGCAAGGCCCCGCCGGGAUCCCAUCGGCGCGGCUGGGGCCUCUGCGAGAGACAGCUCCGCUCGCCGCCAGUCAUGGACGGGGACAAGGUGGAGAUAGACGGCGGGAUCAUGGAGGGGGGCGGGCAGAUCUUGCGAGUAUCCACGGCCCUGAGCUGCCUGCUGGGCCUGCCGCUGCGGGUGCGCCGGAUCCGCGCCGGGAGGAGCCAGCCCGGCCUCAGGCCUCAGCAUCUGUCUGGAUUGGAGAUCAUUCGAGAUCUAUGUGAGGGGAAGCUGGAAGGUGGAGAGAUUGGCUCAACAGAAAUAACCUUCACUCCUGGGAAGAUCAAAGGUGGAACCCACAUAGCAGAUACAAAAACAGCAGGGAGUGUGUGUCUACUGAUGCAGGUAGCAAUGCCCUGUGUGCUGUUUGCUGCUUCCCCAUCAGAACUUCAUUUAAAAGGUGGGACUAAUGCUGAGAUGGCUCCUCAGAUAGACUACACAGUCAUGGUUUUCAAGCCAAUAGUUGAAAAGUUCAAUUUCACAUUUAAUUGUGACAUAAAAAAGAGGGGCUACUAUCCUCAGGGAGGUGGUGAAGUUGUAGUCCAGAUGUCACCAGUCAAAGAGUUAAGCCCAAUAAACUUAACAGAACGUGGCACAGUGACAAAGAUAUAUGGAAGAGCAUUUGUUGCCGGAGCACUGCCUAUAAAACUGGCAAAAGACAUGUCAGCAGCAGCAGUGAGAUGCAUCAGAAAAGAAAUCAGAGAUCUUUACAUUAACAUUCAGCCAGUUCGAGAACCUGAUGAUCAAGCCUUUGGGACUGGAAGUGGAAUAAUUGUUGUUGCAGAGACUUCAACAGGUUGUUUGUUAGCUGGGUCAUCACUUGGCAAGAGAGGAAAGAAUUCUGACAAGGUUGGCAUUGAAGCAGCUGAGAUACUGCUUAGGAAUCUUAAACAUGGUGGAACUGUGGAUGAUUCUAUGCAGGACCAACUAAUCAUUUUCAUGGCGCUAGCAAAGGGGGUGUCUAGAGUGAAAAGUGGACCAAUUACACUUCAUACUCAAACGGCUAUACACUUUGCAGAGCAGCUAACAAAGGCCAAAUUUACUGUGACAAAAUCAGAAGAGGAAGAUCCCAGUAAAGAUACCUACAUCAUUGAGUGCCAAGGAAUGGGGAUGAUAAACCCAAACUUAUAGGGGUUAAAAAAAAAAAGAAAAAAGCAGCAAGCUGAAAAAAGCAACACUCAACAUACCUCAGUGAUGUAUUGCACUACAUUUCAAUGGGUGUAUAAUAUGCAUGUGAACAGGAGGAGCCUUCUGUCACAUCCAAGUGAUUUAACUUUAAGGAUGAUGUGGAGUUUUUCCUUGGGAUGCUGAGAAUCCGUGGUGUGAAAAAUGGAAACUUUCUUUUUCUUUUUUUUUUUUUUUUUGUUACUAUUAGCAGCAAAAUGAGUACAGACAGGACAGCAAAUAGAAUACAUUGUAUGUAUUUGAGAGCUUCAAUUAGAAGCUUUGAAAAUUCAGAUUCACCAAAGUAGAAAAUAACUGUUUCAGUUUUGAAAAAAUACUGAUACAUUCUUUCCCCUGUAAAAAAAUGUAAGUUUUAUUCUUUGGGAACCUUUAUGUUGAGAGGUAUAUGGAAUGAAGUGCACCAUCAAAUCUGUAUCACUGUUCUUCCUUAACCAUUUUGCUUAAAUUGUGUGUGAGGAAAUAAUAAAGCAAUAUCAUCAUAA